GGAUGAGUCUGAGAGGAGGACCACCUCUCAUAUGAUACAAUGGAAACGUGUCUGCGGCCGACGACUAUGAUGUUACUGACAGUGGCUGUCAUGGUCCUACCAGCUCCUGGAGAACUGAUCUUAUAUGUAGUGCCAAGAGAAAUUCAUCUUACUGUUGGCUCCUGUGUGACUUUGUCCUGCUGUGCAGAGGAAAGUCACAGGUGUUGGGUGGAGUGGUUUCGUUCCUCUGAACCAUCACUCAAAAAUGCAGCCAGUCUCACCAAAUAUUGGAGAGGCCACAACUCCUCUGGGAAGUCCACAGAAACACAGCAGCAGCAGUGUCCACAGCGUGAAAAAAAUGAGCAAAAGUGUACAAUGAAUUUGGGAGAAUACACUAUAUUAAAUGCUAAACAAAAUCAGACUGGAUGGUACUUUUGCCAAGUGACAGUAGAUAUCCCUGUUCUUAACAAGAGUGACAGUGAAGGAGCAAAUAUCAUUUUUGCGAAGAGCUUAAAGAAGCAUACAACGUAUCCAUCCCUAACCACGAUAGGUGAACAAGAGCCUCCAGACUCCUUUAUGCCUUUUAGCUGGUGGAUAUGGAUCAUACUGGGAGUCUCAUGCCUCAUUGUGGUUGUCCUUCUGAUCACAUGCAUCUUAAAGAAAAAAUGCACAACAACAGACAUUGAGGAUCCUAUCUACGCCAACACCCACCCACCCAAGUGUCAGCCCUCCCCACGAGGCAGGAUGCUCGAGGAAAACAUGAAGGCAGCGUCCUCUUACCAAAACAGCCACACCCCAAAUUUUGGCAGAAGAAACGACAAUGACAAAUUGAGAUACCAGUAUUAGAGAAAUCACAGAGAUUACAGAUACCAACAGCUGUAAGGAAUAUUAGUGAAUGAAAAUGAGUAUUUGUCCUUCCUUUGGUUAGUUGGUCAGUGAAUGCACCAUGUUCAGCCACUAGAUGGCACCUGGUGAACCUCAUAGACAUCAGUCUCCAUUCAGAAAUAAUGCAUUGUCUUUUCUUUUUAGUACGUCAUUAAUUCUGCCACUGUAGAAACCUUUGUAUAAAUACGCAAACGCCAUCAUAUUUCAUUUGUAUGUACAAAUGUUAAGUAUUAACUGUGUGCUUUUUGUAUACUGCAUUAACUAAAAUAAAGGUUAAAAAAUGUUUUGUAAG